CGUCAUGAGACGACUCUCGGUACCAUAGAGCAGGGGGGUUCAAGGGGGGUGGCGGUCAGGGGUCGCGGAGCUCCUAUGCCUAGAGCGGCGAGGUAGCGGUGGCGGCCUGGGAGGGGGAGGGGAGGGAGAGGCGCGAGCGGAAGCGGCCGGGAAGGUCACUUCCGGCCUGGGCGCCCGUCCCCCUGACCCCAGGGUCUGAGUCGCCGCUGCCGCCGCUGCCACCAUCCGCGAGGCAGUUGAGAGGAAGAGUGCGGUGUGACGGCCCCGGGGCCGAGGAGGGACCCAGACAUGGAGCUUCGGGAAGAAGCUUGGUCUCCAGGGCCACUGGAUUCUGAGGACCAGCAGAUGGCCAGUCAUGAGAACCCAGUGGACAUCCUCAUCAUGGAUGACGACGACGUCCCAAGCUGGCCCCCGAACAAGCUUUCCCCACCUCAGUCUGCACCUCCUCCUGGGCCCCCACCCCGGCCGCGGCCACCUGCACCCUACAUCUGCACUGAGUGUGGCAAAAGCUUCAGCCACUGGUCGAAGCUGACGCGGCACCAACGCACGCACACGGGCGAGCGGCCUAACGCCUGUACCGACUGCGGCAAGACCUUCUCGCAGAGCUCGCACCUGGUGCAGCACCGGCGCAUCCACACAGGCGAGAAGCCGUACGCCUGCUCUGAAUGCGGCAAGCGCUUUAGCUGGAGCUCAAACCUCAUGCAGCACCAGCGCAUCCACACAGGCGAGAAACCUUAUACUUGCCCCGACUGCGGCCGCAGCUUCACACAGAGCAAGAGCCUGGCCAAGCACCGGCGCUCCCACAGUGGUCUAAAGCCCUUCGUGUGCCCGCGCUGCGGCAGAGGCUUCAGCCAGCCUAAGAGCCUGGCACGCCACCUACGGUUGCACCCAGAGCUGUCAGGGCCGGGUGUGGCGGCCAAGGUGCUGGCAGCCAGUGUGCGCCGAGCCAAGGCACCCGAGGAAGCCACAGCAGCGGACGGCGAAAUCGCCAUCCCAGUAGGCGACGGCGAGGGCAUCAUCGUGGUGGGCCCACCAGGGGACGGCGCUGCAGCGGCCGCGGCUCUGGCCGGGGUGGGGACGCGGGCAACGGGGACACGGUCGCGCAGGGCGCCGGCGCCCAAGCCGUACGUGUGCAUAGAAUGCGGGAAGGGCUUUGGGCACGGGGCUGGGCUGCUGGCCCACCAGCGCGCUCAGCACGGGGAUGGGCUGGGGGCAGUGGGUAGUGAGGAGCCUGCACACAUCUGCGUGGAGUGUGGUGAGGGCUUCGUGCAGGGUGCCGCACUUCGGAGACACAAGAAGAUUCAUGCAGUUGGGGCGCCCUCGGUCUGCAGCAGCUGCGGACAGAGUUUCUAUCGGGCGGGCGGAGAGGACGAUGGGGAGGACCAGUCUGUUGCUGCGCGGUGUGCGGAAUGUCGGGGUGGGGAGGCCCGGUAGGGACGGGGAUGCCCGGGGGGUGGACAGGGCCCCUCGGGCUCGGUGGGGACUACCAGCGAGCAAGACCAUGAGGGAGGACCAGGGAGAACAAGACCGAAAGGAGCAGCAGCCUUGUCUCCCUCUGUACCCCGUGCUGUCCUGGGUUUGAGGGGACCCGCAGCUAUCAGCUAUUGGGUUCUCAGGACUGCCCACAGCCUCUCUGCUGACCCGCCCUACCGCCUGGCGGACCAGCCCUUUUUAGGUUCCCAUUCUGGGAGCCAGAGACUGAGAGAACUGCGAGAAUCAAUUGGCACUAGACCCUCAAGAGAAAGACCACUCCAACUACAGGUGUCGGGCUGAGGUGUAAGGAAUGGAGACAAUCCUGGCCUUAUGCAUCGAGAGGGUCUUCCUUCUCUUCUAGAAUUUUCUUUUAAUCAUACUGUUUUGAUCCCUCACAUCCAUUAUUUUUUCUGCCCCUUGGGUCCUUAUCAAUUUUCUAGCCCAAGACGUUCCUCUCCCUCCUGUGUUUGCAGUAGCAGAGGAGUGAAGUAGCUUCCUGUUCCCAGCACGGUCUUACUGAGAGGAUGGGGUCCUGUGUGUUCCCUGUCCUGGCGGUGGAAGAAGGGAUGUGGGGGCAAUAAAUGGCAUUAUUCAAUUGUC